UAAAUGCCAACAGAAGGCCCGCCCCCUGCGUGCUUCAGAUUUGGACCUUUUCUCGGGGUACGUUUCUCAGUCUGGUUCCGACCCGAUCGCACACCGGUCGGGGAGGGAGUGGGGUGCAGAACCUGAAAAACUUAUGGAAAUAGCGACAGGAAGGAGGCGCACCUCCACACGCGCGCGUCUCUCUCCCCCGCAAGUUGCUGAAGAAGGGAGGUCGCCUCGCGUCCGUGCGUGAGCCAUGACUCUGAGCUCAGAGAUGUCGGACGCCUCCGUGCUUUCGGAAGAGACCGACAUCGACGUGGUCGGCGAAGGGGAGGACGGAGACACGCGGGCGCUCUCCUGCGCGGACGAGGCGGCCGUGGCGCAGAUGCACGACGGCAUCCUCCUGGCCGGCUCUUCUCCUCCUCCUCCUCCUCCUCCGUGCCUGGACAGCUCCUCCUCCUCUUCCUCCUCCAGGGAUGCCUACAAGCCGGCCGGAAAGAACACGCUGGUCAAGCCUCCUUACUCCUACAUCGCGCUCAUCACCAUGGCGAUACUCCAGAGCCCCAAAAAGAGGCUGACGCUCAGCGAGAUCUGCGACUUCAUCAGCAACCGCUUCCCCUACUACAGGGAGAAGUUUCCGGCCUGGCAGAACUCCAUCCGGCACAACCUGUCCCUCAACGACUGCUUCGUCAAGAUACCGAGGGAGCCGGGGAACCCCGGCAAAGGCAACUACUGGACUCUGGACCCGGAGUCGGCUGAUAUGUUCGACAACGGGAGUUUUCUCAGGAGGAGGAAACGCUUCAAGCGGCAGCAGACGCAGGAUCUGCUGCGGGAUCACAACGGCUUCAUCCCCACCGGCGCCGCCGCUGCAGCCGCCGCCUACGGUUACGCGCCAUACGGCUGCGGAGGCUACAGCAUCCAGCUGCAGUCCUACCACACGCACUCUGCGCUUUUUGCGUACCAGCAGCAGCAGCAGCCGCACUCCAGGCACUCAGGAACCGUUAUCCCCGCGCCGUCUUUGAUGCCCACCACCACCGGCACCACCACGGACUUAGUCAGGACACGCUUUUACCCGCAGCUCAGCUCCAGUCUGGGCUCAGCCAGCGCGCAUGCUGCAGUUCCGGCGCACAAAUCCGGCUCCCCGGCGCAGCGCUCCCCGUUCUCCAUAGAGAGCAUCAUCGGAGGCUCGCUCAGCCCCUCCAGGACGUCUCCCGUCGUUGUCCCUGUCUUACCGUCCUCUCUGGGGGCCCCCGGCGGCCCCCCAGGCGCAGACUGUGCACCCCGGAUCUGUUUUACACCCGGUUGAAAACUUUCCAAACAGAAUCCUCAGCGGUACAAGCGGCUGUUAAUAAUGACAUUAAAAAAAAGAACUGAAAAUAGACCAGAAAAAAAAAAAAAAGUAAAAUCAGCCCUCUUUGAAGGUAGGAUUAUUUUUGUAUGUUUACAGCUGAAGAGCGGACAUUAAUAAAACACACAUUUUGUGCCUAUAUUCACGCUGUUUGGAAAAAAAAUAUCUAUAUUUAUGUUAUUUUUUUUAAAUCAAACUUUUAACCACGAAUUUUCUUGUAUUUUCUGAAGUGUUCCAGUCAUUCAGGCGUCUCAGGAUAAUUUGUGUCAAAAAGUCUUUUUUUUAUUUUAUUAUUAUUAUUAUUAUUAUUAUUAUAUUACAGUUUGGCGAAUCAAAACGGGGUUUUUUUUAAACAGUUUUGAUUCAAAUAUUAUAUGAAAAUACAG